UAUAAGAAGCUGCCACAGAGAUGAUGUUUUCAAUCAAGAAGUUAACCUUUGAACCUCAAUAACUGAAACACACUCACAGAUGGAAACUUGUUACAAAGCUGUUUAUUCCAAGUAGUUUUAAUGACCUGUCAAUUAUUUACGAGCCCAUUAGAGUCACUUAGGAUUCAAAUAGGAUUAAGCUAUGGCAUUUACAGUGGCAUAAAAUAUGGAAAAGUUCAAUUCCAGCGUUUAGGUAUCUAGUGUUUUGUAUGUUUCAGUCCCAGAUUAGAUGGAAUUUAAAGUGAAGUGUCCGUUAUCCGUUGUGCGUCAUCCAUGGACAAACUGACCAGGAUCAGCACCAACAUAUUGAAAAGAGCAGCAUUUCUAACUCUUCCAAACUGUAAAUACAUGUGAAGUUCUCAAAUAUAAUUAAUCAGAUUUUUUAAAAUCGUAUUCUGUAGCCUAAUGUAUCAACAGAAUGUAACAAUUUUACUACUUACUUGUAAAUUACAAUGUUAUUUAGUUGUUUAACUUGUACUUGUAUUAAGGCAUCUACGUUGCUUGACAUUGGAUUUAUUUAUUGAAGAACCUCAGCCUAGAAAUGUUAGAUAUGACCUGUAGUUGUUGUGAUGUGACCUUUGAACUUCUGCUACCUCUGGGUCUCAACUUACAUUUUGAAAUAAAAAUCUUAUCAGGAUUCAUGUCUCGUAUAACCCUUUUUGAUUUCACUGUCAUUUGAAAAGGUUUCAACUAAUGUUAGUUUUUCAGCGUUUUUACAGUCAAAGGAGUGAAGGAGAUGGUGCAUAUGCACCUCAAAGAGAUGGUUAGUCCCUAUGAAUACUAAUGCCUGGAUAAUUUCAUAGAACAAUGACCUUGGAUCAGUGUGUUUCCCCUCCACACCCCCAUCUCUCUGAUGUGCAUGGAGGAUCAGAGGGCUGGCAAUGACAGGGUCAUCAAAGGGCAGCUGUCCACUAUAAAAGCAGUGUCUCGCGGUCAGACUGCUCAAAGCAUCAGUACACACCAGGACCAGUACCAGCUGGGCGAAGCAGGCUCGUGUCUCACAUUUUCAAGCGAAUCCGAACUUUACGGAAAGACUUUACUGGUGACCGAACGCUGUUAUAAAGGAUGGGAAGUUUUGCGCAAUGGGUUCUCUGUGCGUGCCUUUUCUGCUUCUCCCCGCUUGUCAGCCCGACGCACGAGAGCCACGAGCCUCGGUUUCAAAAGAGCCUGAACAAUUCAGAGUCUGGACACGUGAGCACAGCUUUCCAUCCAAACAGGUACCCGCUGUAUAUGAUGCAGCUGUACCGCUCCUUCAAAACUUCGGGUUUUCCACAGUCCCUGGCUGUAAAACCCGUGAGCGCGCACAGUGACAGGCCCACUCUACGCGAUUCUGACUCCGUACUCAGUCUUAUUGCAAAAGGUUGCCAUCAAGUGGAAAAUAAAUGGACCGUUACCUUUGAUAUGUCCUCCAUCUCCGCUGCAGACGACGUACAGCUAUCCGAACUUCGGAUCAGACUACCGGCUUUUUCAGCCUCCAAACGCGUCACCGUAGACAUUUAUCACUCUCGCCAGCAGGACUGCAAACCGAGUAGCACUCCAUGCCCGGAGGAGAAGCUGCUCCUGGGCAGUUUUGGAGCGUCCCCCGGCGAUGCAAAGUCCACCUGGAAGGUAUUCAACGUCACUGCCUUAUUAAAGUACUGGCUGCACCAGGGAGACACGCUGGCGAAGUCUGAGGCGACGGUGGAGGAUGUGAUGGAGGCAGAACACGGGAGCGGGGCGGAGGAGGACCGGGAGGUGGUGGGCAUGCCCCGUCGUGGACAUCUGGGUGAGAGGCACAGCAAGCGUCAUCUUACAACUGACCGGGUCAUGAUGGUCAUCUUCUCCAAGCACAACCUGCAUCAAGGUGGCCAUAACGUGUCCACCCUCAUACACACUGUUGAGCGCUCCAAAUACGUCACCAUGGACCGGGUCAGUGGUGGACCGAACGGCCGACGCCACAAGAGAAACCGGGUGGAAAGGGUACGGUUGGGUGGUGUAAUUGCGGCCACUGCGUCUCCGUCUGAAGCCGUCCAGCGGCCGUUAUGUCGGAAGGUGGACAUGUGGGUUGAUUUCGAGCAGAUCGGUUGGAACGAGUGGAUCGUCUACCCAAAGCGCUACAAUGCUUUCCGGUGUGAAGGAGAAUGUCCUACACCGGUUGACGAGUCCUUCCAGCCCACUAACCAUGCAUACAUGCAGAGCCUGUUGAGACUCUACCAUCCCGAAAGAGUGUCUUGCCCCUCGUGCGUGCCCACGCGCCUCAGCCCGCUGUCCAUGCUGUACUACGAGAACGACGACGUGGUCCUGAGACAUCACGAGGACAUGAUCGUGGAAGAGUGCGGUUGUCAUUGACGACCGGUACACAGACGGAUUAAACACUUAAGGACACUUGACCACAAGUAUAUUAUUUAUUUUUAUCACUUGGUUAUCUGUUGACGCUGCUGUCAGCGAUCCAAGAUACUUAUUGUACCAUUUGAUGAUCCUACUAUGCACUAGAGUUCAACUGUAUUUUAUGACAAUCUUCACAUUUUAUCCAUGUCAUGACAUGUUUUGUUAUUUACAACAAUUUAAUGUUUAUUUUUUUGUAGAAAAUGUGUGCGAUUAUAAUAUAGGAUUUUUUUCUAUAGAAUUAUGUAAAUGUGGGCUUU